UUUACCUGGGCUGGAACAAACUGUCUGCCCCGCACAGCCCUAGCCGCAGCAUCACGAGCCGGCUGUGAGCCCUGUGCAGUCGCAACCAGCUUCACCUCGGCAGGAGGUCUCUACACCUGCCGGUCCCUCAUCAGUUGCAGCUGAAGGGUCCGAGGGGCCGCUUCAGCUGUCAUCUGUUUCACCAUCUGCAUCUGCAAUGCUGCUAUCUUCUCAUCUGUCUGCUGUACCCACACCACUGUCAUUUCACCUGCCUUUUGCUACUGCGUCACUGCCCAAUCUACCGCAAGUAGCUGCCACACCAUCAUCACCUCCACCACCUGCAGCUGCCACUCCAUCGUCACCAUCGGCUCGAAUGUCUGCGGUUGUUACGCAGCCGGACGAGCCCGAGGAGGAGCUCAGCGAGCUGGAGGAGCUCAGCGAGCCGAAGGAGCCCGCGCUGCCCGCGGAGGACCUCAGCGAGCUGAAGGAGCUCAGCGAGCCGGAGGAGCUCGCGAUCCCCGCGGAGGAGCUCAGCGAGCCGGAGGAGCCCGCGAUGCCCGCGGAGGAGCUCAGCGUGCCGGAGGGGCCCGUGCUGCCCGAGGAGGAGGUCAGCGUGCCAGAGGGGCCCGUGCUGCCUGUGGAGGAGGUCAGCGAGCCGGGGGAGCUCAGCGUGCCAGAGGAGCCCGUGCUGCCCGAGGAGGUCAGCGAGCCGGGGGAGCUCAGCGUGCCAGAGGAGCCCAUGCUGUCCGAGGAGGAGGUCAGAGAGCCGGGGGAGCUCAGCGUGCCAGAGGGGCCCGUGUUGCCUGGGGAGGAGGUCAGUGAGCCAGAGGGACCUGCACGCCGACCACGUCCGGCACGGCCGCCACGUCUACGUCCAGCGCGCCCACGUCCAGCACGGCCGCCACGUCCGCGUCCUGCACGUCCAGCACAUCAUGGAUCGUGUGCCAUGCUACACUGCCACUAGAUUCGUGGCAGACCCCUGGAACUAUUUCGGUGCUGCUGCCGGAUCCGUGGCCGCCCGCCGGAGCUGCAGCGCUGCCACCACUGGACCCAAGGAGGAGUGUGGGAUGAGAGAGAGCAGUAAGCACGGGGAGUGCAGAAGACACAGAAGCAGAGAGCACUUAACGGGGACUUUUUUGGAAGAAGACACGACACGGGAGUAAA